AUGCUGACAACUUCUAUCGAUAAUAUGGAAAUAUCAUGGCCAACAAAGAAAACUAGGACUACUGAGAAUGAUACUGCCCUAAUCGAUGAUCCACAAGUAACUCUUACUCAUCUAUCAACUAUGACAAUAAAUCUCAACAAACCAAAAGAAAACGUUGCAUCUCUGGUACAAGAGUCAAUGACAUCAUUACCGGAAACUAACACAACAAACGUGGGAAAAGGCAACACUAAUUCACACGCUGAUCGGCAGAUUUAUUUGUCAACUGAUAAUAGCAGUACCAUUAUAGAAAUACAACAAUUGGGGAAGGCCCCAGAACUAACCCUGCAGCCAAAUGGGCACCCGAUCAACAUCAAACAAACUGAUGACAAAGAUAUGGACACAAGAUCCAAUACCACCAUUGAGUCCCUCUCUAGGAUCUCAUACAGCAAAGCGGUUAAAAAAAAUAUAUUCACUUCUAACAAGAAAAAAGAUGACGUCUCAUUAGUGUAG